AUGGACGAUCAAUAUGUCCUCUAUCCUAUUCGACUCGGGGAGAUGUUCAAUGAGAGGUACCUGGUUGAGCAUAAACUUGAAUUUGGAGGUGGCUCGACUGUUUGGAUGACCCUUGACCUGCGAGAUAAGAAGAAUAUGGCCCUUAAAGUCAUGAUGAGUCCUGGGAAGUGGGGUGAAAACGAAAUUCGAAUCUAG